AUGGUCUUCUGUCUGGAGAACGAGGAGCCGUGCCGCCCGCAGCGAAGCAGCAUGGUCCAUUUCCAGGCCUCGGAAGUCCAGCAGCUGCUACACAACAAGUUCGUGGUCAUCUUGGGGGACUCAAUCCAGCGGGCUGUGUAUAAAGACCUGGUGCUUCUCCUCCAGAAAGACUCACUGCUCACAGCUGCCCAGCUGAAAGCCAAGGGGGAGCUGAGCUUUGAACAGGACCAGCUGGUCGCUGGGGGUCAGCUGGGCGAGCUGCACAACGGGACACAGUACCGGGAGGUCCGCCAGUUCUGCUCGGGUUCUGGCCACCACCUUGUACGCUUCUACUUCCUCACCCGCGUUUACUCCGAGUACCUCGAGGAAGUCCUGGAGGAGCUGACAUAUGGGCCUGCCCCGGACCUGGUGAUCAUCAACUCCUGCCUCUGGGAUCUCUCCAGGUAUGGCCGCUGCUCGAUGGAGAGCUACCGAGAGAACCUGGAGCGAGUGUUUGUGCGCAUGGACCAGGUGUUGCCAGAUUCCUGCCUGCUGGUGUGGAACAUGGCGAUGCCCCUAGGAGAGCGUGUCACUGGGGGGUUCCUCCUGCCUGAGCUCCAGCCCCUGGCAGGCUCUCUGCGGCGGGAUGUGGUUGAAGGGAACUUCUACAGUGCUACUCUGGCUGGGGACCACUGCUUCGAUGUCUUGGACCUCCACUUUCACUUUCGGCAUGCAGUACGUCACCGUCACCGGGAUGGUGUCCACUGGGACCAGCAUGCCCACCGCCACCUCUCACAUUUGCUUCUGACCCAUGUGGCCGAUGCCUGGGGUGUGGAGCUGCCCAAGCGUGACUAUCCCCAUGACCCAUGGAUUAAAGGCUGGCCAGAGCCGGAUCAUCUCUUCCAGGGGAGCCAGGGGCAGCCCUCAGACUUCGGCGAGCAGCCAGCCUUGCCCCCACCCUCUCCCUUACUUCCUCCUAUGCCUUUUCCCUACCCUCUUCCUCAGCCUUCCCUACCUCCUCUGUUUCCACCUCUGCCCCAGGAACCCCCUUUUUUCCCAGGCCAGCCCUUCCCACCCUGUGAAUUCUUCAAUUUUAAUCCAAUGGAAGACUCGAUACCACCCCACUUAGGAUGUGGCCCCGGAGUGAACUGUGUGCCUGGCCCCCUGCCUCCUCCAGUCCCCAGCCCUGUUCCCCAUGGUCAGCACCGGGGCUUGACCGUCCACCGGGGGAUGUCACGCUGUGUUCACAACAGCCCCUACCAUGUGCCGAGGAUGGGGGCGCCCUGCAGGCAGCGUCCAAGACACUCAGACAGACUGAUCCACACAUACAAACUGGUUAGCCGGCGUCAUGCCCAUUCGGGUACAUGGCCGGGGUAG